AUGUCGAUAGCGGCUAAUAGCCGCUGCACCUGGAAACAAACAAGGAGUGCGCGUCGCGAGAUCUCCCAUCGGCGGCAUUCCAUGCGGUCAACAUGUCGGGCGACCACGGGGAUCCAGGAUGACGUGACGAGCUGUACUGCCCGUGUGGACAGGAGCAAAGCCAUUCACACUGCUGGGAUGUGUGAAACGGUGAAUUUUGAGCGUCGUGGGGGAGGUCGGGAAGCGUCAGAAAGGCGAUUUCCCGGUCGUGUCACCAGCACGUACGCGUUUCCUUUAUGUACUCGCGCCACGCCUGGGAAUGCAAAAUCUGACGGCGCGAGGGGAGCCAGGAGCGGGAGGAGAGGCCGAGACCCGAGAGGAGGCAGGGAGCUCAUCGCAGCUCAGGGGCACGCGCAGCAGAUCAGCAGCGCUGCAUCCCUGAAUACUGAAGAGAGUGCUCGUCGGACGCUACAACAAGGGAAAACGAAACAUCUGGACCAGAAGAGAAGACGGCAGCCGUUUGCCUUCCCUUCCUCGUCAGAGGAGUCGCAGCGGAAACAUGCAGAGCCAGCAGCUCCAUGGGUCUGA